AUGGACCUAUCGAAUGUUCCAGGCUUACUGGCGGGAGCCGACUUAUAUAUAUUCGAAAGUAGCCUUGUGUAUUGGCUCGCCUUACCAGCUUCAUCUUAUCAUGUUUUUUUCUCGCAAUUAUUUUCAACGCCGCCGAUCAACAGAUCAUCCCCCGAUUUAUCGACUACCGUGAGAUCUUCAAAGCCCGAGAACGACAAUCCAAAGCAUACAGUGGGUCCGUAUUUGUCGCAGCAAAACAUUGCAGUCGAACUCACCUGGUAA